GCAAAAGGAAGGGCAGCACUCUUUUGAGGCCUUCUGCGCAUCCGAAGAAAGCGAAAGCUUCUCAGUCUUCGGAGAAGGAAGAAGUUUCGGAAGUCAUGCCUCCUCCCAAAAAUCUCCUUCACUUCAUGCCCUUGCCAGGGCAGAAGUUGAAGAGUGUGGUGUUUGCGGAACCGCCGCCCGUGGACCAACCGUUGGCCGAGGAAGAUACCAUCCCCUCUCCGCUGAAGCCGUCUGCUGCUUUGGGGAUCGAGAUCCAGGAUAUAACCAAGGUGAUGGAGGCAAUUGAAGCCGACCUUGUUCCUGGCUCGGAUGUCCCUACUGUGGCCGAGCGGAGGGAAGAAUCUGCUGACGUUUCUCUCGCAAGGGAGAGAAGUCCAGAUAAGGAGAUGGUGGAUCUCACCGAGGCUCACAUGGAGGUUCCCGAAGCUGAGAAGGAGGUCCCUUCUGCUGAGGAGGAGCGACCCGAGCAGGGUCUGACGAGGAAGAGGCGCCACUCGACCUUGGGCUCUACUUCGACCUCGGCCCUGGAUAGACUGAUCCACGCUGACCCUUGCUCGGAUGUUCCGCUGAAACGGAUCCCCGAGGAGGUAAGGGAGGCGAUGGCUCGCUAUGCUAGGGCUCCGGUUUUGGGGGAGAACCCCAUGGCUCACGUGGGAUCUUUGGUGGGUCCCGAAGCUGCACGGGAGAAUCUUCUUCGGGCCAACCCGCAGUGGAGGGUUCCUGGAGCUGAGGAGAGGAACCCAGUUAUGAUGGCUCAGUAUUAUCUGAAUGAGGUAAGUGUUGGAAAUUUUGUUUUGAGUUCCGUUUUUGGCUUGUUGUUUUCUUCUUUCCUCAUCUUUUCUUGUCUUUUCUUCUUUCCCAGGCUGUUUUCUGGUCCUCGUUCGCUUCCGAGUGUAGCUCGGUUGAGGAGAGGCAGUUGAGGAGGUAUCAAGAGGCUUAUGCUCGUGAUAUCCCUGUCUUGGACCAGAAGGCUGGACAGCUCAUGGCCGAGAUGGUGGAC